AUGGCAAGUCUGAUAAUGGCUACGCCGUUCCCAGGUUCUAUCGCUCAAUGCAAGAAGACAAAUAACUUGUCUGUUCAGAGAGCCUUUAGAGUAACAUCUAUGCAGAUAGAGAAACCGUUGGAGGAGCUAUACAAUGUUAAAGUGGAACGGAAAGUGUCAAAGAAACGGUUAGAGGAGCUCGGGGUUUCGAGAUGGUCGGUUUGGAAGACAGGGAAAUGCAAAUUGCCAUGGGAUUGGCAAGUGGAUCAGUUGGUUUACAUAGAAGAAGGCGAGGUUCGUGUUGUACCCGAAGGAAGCAAGAGGUUUAUGCAGUUUUUAGCUGGAGAUCUUGUUCGGUAUCCGAAAUGGUUAGAGGCUGAUCUUUUCUUUAACGCUCCUUAUCGUGAGCGAUAUUGUUUCAAGGCGUAUGGUGAUGAUUGA